AUUGGUUCAAGGCGGUUCAAGGACUGAUGGCGUGUUCUGUGGUUACAAGUCUCAUCGCCCUCAUCGUCGGCCUGUUCUCCUUGUGUUGCUACUGCAAGAACUGUAACCCUCAUCAAGCAACGGUGGCAUUUGUAGGCCUCACUUUUCUCCUUGUUGCUGCUGCUGUUUGUCUGUUUGGAGCCAAGGGUCAUCAAGUAUAUGAUCUGAACGUCUUCCAGUCAGAGGAUCCCUACAUCCCUCGACCCAUCUUCAGCUGGAGUUUCUGGGUUGCUGUUGGAGCUGCGGUGCUGGCAUUCAUCUCAAGCUUGUUCUUUUGUUGUGUUGGUGAAACAAAUGAUGACGAAUAUGUUUAG